UCUCCCCCCACAAACAAACACCGAGAAAACUCUCUCUCCUCCAAGAAACACCAAGAAAGUUCUCUCUUCUCCAAGAAACACCAAGACUAGACAACAAUGGCGAGACCCAUUUGCUUUUGGCUACAGUACUUCGCGCUCCUGAUGUCCUUCGGUGCAAUCGUUUCUUAUGCUAGACCACCACUACAACAUCCUCAACAAGAGCCAAGUUACCUAAAGUUUGUGUACAACGCCACCGAACUCCCACCCCAAGACUACUAUGAUUACAUAAUUGUUGGAGGCGGCACCGCCGGGUGCCCAUUGGCUGCAACACUUUCACGAGCAUAUAAAGUACUCGUGCUUGAACGAGGGGGAGUCGCCUACGGCAAACCCGAUUUGAUGAAUCACGAAGGUUUCUUGACAACACUCAUGGACGCCAAUCCAUUCGACUCCCCUGCCCAAGCCUUCACAUCUGAAGAAGGGGUCUCAAACGCCCGAGGGCGCGUUCUCGGCGGCAGCACUGCGAUAAACGCCGGGUUCUACAGCCGAGCCGACCGUGAAUUUUAUCAGAAAUCGGGCGUGGAUUGGGAUCAAAAAGUAGUGAACAAGUCGUACGAGUGGGUCGAGAGGGCGAUUGUGUUCAAGCCGGAGCUCAGGGAUUGGCAAUUAGCGGUUCGAGAUGGGUUAUUGGAAGCUGGGGUUGAUCCCUUUAACGGGUUUAGGUUGGAUCACGUGGAGGGAACCAAGAUCGGCGGCUCGAUUUUCGAUAGUUAUGGGAAAAGACACACCGCUGCUGAUCUACUGAGCUACGCAAAACCUUCCAAUAUCAAGGUUUCUGUGUAUGCAAGCGUGGAAAGAGUACUCCUGGCUUCAUCUUCCCCGCACGCCGGCUCACGGCUAUCAGCAGUCGGAGUUGCAUAUCGCGACAAUAUGGGGAGAUAUCACCAUGCUUUAGUAGGUAAACAUGGGGAGGUGAUACUCUCUGCUGGCGCCAUUGGAAGCCCGCAGCUGUUGCUGCUGAGUGGCAUUGGUCCGCGGCCUUAUCUGUCGGCUUGGGGAAUUCCGGUGGCUCAUCAUCUCCCCUCCGUUGGGCAGUUCCUUUACGAUAAUCCUCGCAAUGGUAUCUCAAUUGUGGCCCCAGUCCCUCUGGAGCAAUCACUCAUACAGGUGGUUGGCAUAACUGAAUCAGGGACUUACAUCGAAGCAGCUUCCAAUGUCAUCCCUUUUGCAUCCCCUGCUCGCUCUGUUUUCAUCCGGACGCCAUCCUCGCCUCUGUAUCUCCCCGUGGCUACUCUCAUGGAGAAGAUUAUUGGGCCGCUUUCAAGUGGGUCGCUGCGACUGGCUUCAACGGAUAUCAGGGUGAAUCCAAUUGUUCGAUUCAACUAUUUUAACAACCCGGUGGACCUCGAGCGCUGCGUGAAUGGCACGCGCAAGAUUGGCGAUAUCCUGAGGAGCCGUUCUUUGGAGAACUUCAAGUUCAGGGACUGGUUUGGCGGUCGCAGUUUUAGGUUCGUGGGGCCUGCGUUGCCCGUUGACCAAUCAAACCACCGUGUAAUGGAAGAUUUCUGCCGCCGCACAGUUAGUACCAUAUGGCACUACCAUGGGGGCUGUGUUGUGGGGAAGGUGGUUGAUCGAAAUUUCCGGUUGAUUGGUAUAGAUGCACUCCGAGUUGUUGAUGGGUCCACGUUUGGUGUGUCGCCGGGGACAAAUCCUCAGUCGACUGUAUUGAUGCUUGGACGAUACGUUGGAUUGAAGAUUCUGAGAGAGCGGAUGAGAUAUAAAUCAUGACCAUUGCUCUUUUGGGCUCCAAUAGAGCAAUGGUCUUUUGAUUUCUUUUUUCUUUUUCUCAUUCAAAAUAAUAUUGUG